AAAAAUGAAAAUAACUACCCAAAAAGGCAAACUCAGAGCUGAGAUCUGCAGCGUCAUCUUUCUGCCUGUAUUUGCUCUGAUUCAACCUUUAAUCGAUCUGUAUCUCACUCUACUCAUCUGUAUAAUCACACAGCCGCCGAAUGAGGAUCUGAAGCUCGAAACAAAAGCGGAUCGCAAUUAAUUUUACUGAAAAUGGCUUGUGUUCGUCAAUUUGCAUCAAUUUCAUUGAUUCUCUUGCUUCCUUGCCUCUUAAAUGUUGCUGUUGACGCAAAAACGCUAAAACGAGACGUGAAAGCACUUAACGAAAUAAAAGCAUCUCUUGGAUGGAGGGUGGUGUAUGCAUGGGUUGGAGAUGAUCCGUGUGGAGAUGGUGAUUUACCAGCUUGGUCUGGAGUCACCUGUUCCACACAAGGUGAUUAUAGAGUAGUUACUGAACUGGAAGUAUAUGCUGUUUCAAUUAUUGGGCCUUUUCCUACUGCUGUAACCAAUCUUCUAGAUCUUACAAGACUGGAUCUCCACAACAAUAAGCUGACUGGACCAAUUCCACCUCAAAUCGGGCGUUUGAAGCGUCUUAAAGUACUUAAUUUGAGGUGGAACAAACUGCAGGAUGUAAUUCCGCCUGAAAUAGGCGAACUGAAGAGACUGACACACCUGUACUUGAGUUUUAACAGCUUUAAGGGUGAAAUCCCAAGGGAACUUGCCAAUCUUCCCGACCUACAAUAUCUUCAUCUUCAUGAAAAUCGCUUCAUUGGGCGAAUUCCAGCAGAAUUAGGGACCUUACGAAAUCUUCGCCACCUAGAUGUUGGAAACAAUCACUUGGUUGGAACUAUAAGAGAACUGAUACGUAUAGAAGGAUGCUUUCCGGUUCUUCGCAAUCUUUAUCUAAAUAAUAACUACCUGACCGGAGGAAUUCCCGCACAGCUUGCAAACAUGAGUAAUCUUGAAAUCUUGUAUUUAUCUUACAACAAGAUGUCUGGGAUCGUGCCAGCUGGACUUGCUCAUAUCCCAAAGCUCACUUACUUGUACUUGGAUCACAAUCAAUUUACUGGGAGAAUUCCUGAUGCUUUCUACAAGCACCCUUAUCUAAAAGAACUAUAUAUCGAAGGGAAUUCAUUCCGACCCGGUGUGAACCCGAUUGGUAUUCACAAAGUACUCGAAUUAUCAGACUCGGAUUUCUUGUUUUAGUCGCCCAAUUUGUUACGAGUGCUUGAAUAGUAUUAGCUUUAUUAUUUAUUCCCACAAAAAGAAAACAGUAUAAAAGAAUUUCAAAGUUUUGUUCUUGAUAAUCUACAUCUAUCUGUUGUGUCCCAAAUGGGGAUAUCAUCUCUUUUGUAAUAGUGAUUUAACAUAUGGUGAGGUUUUGCUA